AUGUCCUCGUCAUCCACUCAAGUACUUGACGCACGUCAGCUCGCGUAUGUGCACUAUCAUUGUUCAUGCCCAGACGUAUGCAAAUCUAAUGAAUCCAGUGAAAAAUCCAUACCCGACUUUGACGUCAAUUCUCCUCGCGUUCAAUUCUCCACUUUUCCCAUUUCGAAGCUUUACUUCUGUGACGAUUGUCAUCAAAUUCGUUGCCCGAGAUGUGUACAAGAGGAAAUAGUUUGUUUUUACUGUCCAAAUUGUUUAUUCGAGGUACCAACUGCAAGUGUCAAGAGUGAAAGAAACAGGUGUGCACGGAAUUGCUUCCAGUGUCCGAUUUGUCAAAAUACUCUUUCGGUCGUAGCUUCUAGUGAACCUCCACUUGCAAACCCUCCUGCUGCUUUAAAUAUGACACCGACAGGAGCUCCGUACUUUCUUUCAUGUGGUGUCUGUCGCUGGGAUUCUCAAGAGAUAGGGAUGACUUUUGAAAAGGCGACAGGAUUAGCUUUACAAUUGCAGAAGACUGAAGAUGAAAGGCCAGAUGUAAAAGAGUUUGAUCAUCUCAAGGAGCAUUUUGAGAAGCACCUGCGUCUCAAUAUUCCUUCUACUUCACUUCCUUCCUCAUUAUCAUCUAUUCCUGGAAUGAGUAGUUUCACCAGUCGAUACGGUGGCUCUAGUAUGGCUCAUACGCAACAAAAGUCUGAUGAUGUUGCACCAUAUGAGGCGGUUGGAAAAGUCGAGAGUGAGAGCGGCUUAGUGGAUGAUCUGGUUCAGUUGAAAGACGUCAAUCAAAUUACCACAUUGGCGCAGAGGAUGAAUCAACAUAGUGAUCAACCCUACAAACGUAUUCACCUUCGCACAAAGCGUGUAAAACGAUGUCGCUCAUGCCGACACAUCCUCAUUAAACCCGAGCAAAAGGCUCAGGCAACCCGAUUCAAAAUCAAACUCGUUGCCCUAAAUAGUAUUCCAAAAAUCACUAUAACAAGCUUACCAAAACUUAUCCUCAAUCAACAAACGCAAAUCGUUUUGAAAUUUUCUAAUCCGUUGUACGAAGAAAUAAUGGUGGAGUUAAAAUUGAAUGAUGAACCUUUAGAAUAUGGGAAGAUUACAAUACCAUCCCCUCAUUUCAACAUAACACCUUACAACGAAGUCUGGGAAUAUGAUGAACAGGAGCUAGUCCCAUCAAAAUCUCGUCCUCAGUCUUCUGCUUCUAUUGCACCAAGGAAUGAUAUCAUUGGCAUUUACGAACGGCGAGGCAAUUAUACUAGUAUCAUUGUUGAAAUCACACCGUUGUCUGAAGUUGAAGAGUUUAAGUUCCCUCUUUUAGUUACCUAUACCACUAAAAGUAAUGAUGUUAAUGAUGGUAACGAGAAUCCCGAAAACCCUUCGGAUGUACCACCGACCAACAAAUCCGAAGAUUCCAAGGUCGAAGCCGAUAAAACGGAUACCUCUACCUCAACAAACUUAACCACGAGGAGUCUGUCUUUCUGGACUAUUAUAGGGUUGGGAUCAGUGGUCAAAGCUCCGGUGCCAUCUAGAUCGAGCACUCACGGUAACAGCGGAGCAGUUCGUCCCAAUAGCAUCAGUGGAAAAUCUUGA